AGGUCCGCGCCAUGGAGCAGCGGCUGUGCGAUUGGCCAGCGGGCACUGACGGUGCACCCCGAGCCAUUACGCGGCUAGAAGGCCAAAUUGAAGAACAGAAGCAGCUAAGACUCCAGGACGCGAAGCAGGUGGAAGCAAAGGCAGCCCGCAUCAAAGAGUGGGUGACCAACAAGUUGCGGGAGCUGGAACAACAGAACCAACUGCUUAGGGAACAGAACGACCGCUGUAACCAGCAACUUGAGUUACUCCGGAACCAUAUAGCGGCUUCUGGAAGUAGGAAUUGCACUUUACCAAUAAAUUCAUCGGAGCCUCACUACAGUACGCCUGUGCGGCAUAGACGAAACCUUUCUAUCGGUACUACCAACAUAGCGAAUAACGUCAAUGCUGCCAACCCUCCCGGCCUAAACACCAUGAAUAGGACUAUGGAUGAAAAGACUACUGCCAGCUUAUUGGCUGAUGACUUAGCGGCGGCCGUAGAGAAUUUAGUGGUGCUACCGACAACGCCUAACACUUCAACUGACGGUGACACUACGCACGACUAUGCUGAGAUUUAUACACCCAGCAGAGAGCGCACCCCGGCGUGGCAAGGCAACGUGAACGUGAUAGUACAGGGCAACAGUCGCGGCGGGUCCUCCACCGGGGACAGUUCCACCUCGGAGCAACCGAGGCCGCCCACUCCACCGCUACAUCGGUUCCCUAGCUGGGAGGCUAAGAUUUAUCAGGUGGCAGACGACGGUCUCCAGCAAUCGGUGGAGGAAGAGCUGUCCCCCCCUCCGUGUCCGCGUCCCAUGCACGAGUCUACCAGCUACCAGGAUAUAUCCGUCCCCGUCUACGCUACUGUUAAAGGGCGUGCCAGUCAGAUAAGGUCGAUGCCAUUCACGGGCGACUCCUCGGACGACUCGUCGGACGGCGAGGAGUCCAUGGGCGUCACCGUACAUAACACUCCACAUCAUCAGCUCGUCAAUGUCAAUCCCAUGUUCAGCGGCCAAACUUCAACCCAAAUGCCUAUAAACAACGUGAACCUCACCAGUACAUUACCAGCAGCUCUACAACAAGCUACUGGUGCGCUGGUACUGGCCAGUAACGGUCAGUGCAGUUCGUCAGACACCAGCCUCAGUGCCAGCAGCCCGUCCAAGAGUGUGAAGACCAGCUCUAGUCUUAGUCCUGCUAAACGAUCCAGUUCUGGGUCGCCUAGCAAGCAGAGUAAGACAAGAGACACAUCAUUCGAGUCAGGAAUGUCGGAUGACUACGCGAUACCACCAGACGCGGUGUCGUGUGACAGUACAGCGUCACCGUCGUUGGCGUCCCUAUGUCGAGCGCCGCCUACCACCGACUCGCCGCGACGACAUGAUGCCUUGGAGAAGAGCGGACAUCUUGCCAAGUUAGGGGGCAAACUCAAGACUUGGAGAAAACGAUGGUUCGUACUUAAAAAUGGAACUCUUUCUUACUGGAAGUCGCAAUCAGAGGUGAAUAGAAAGCCUCAAGGUCAAAUCGGUCUCGGUGAAGCCUGCAAGAUAUCCAGGAAUGAGGGAGCGGCUACAUUUGAGAUCUUCACCGGCAGUAGAACAUAUUACUUGACGGCUGACAGCAUCGCUACUAUGGAGGACUGGAUCAGAGUAUUACAGAAUGUCCAAAGAAGGAAUGCGACGAAGCUCCUCUUGAGUAAAGAAGACAAUAAGCCUACGAUCCAGGGGUGGCUCACGAAGGUCAAGAAUGGACACGCCAAGAAGAGCUGGUGUGUGCUUAUUGGGAAGAUGUUCCUGUACUUCAAGUCGCCUGGAGACCAGAACCCAACCGGCCAGAUCAACAUGAGAGACGCGCGAGUGGAAGACGUGGAACACGUAUCAGACUCCGACUCUGAAGAGAAAAACGACGACACUCGCAACCAUCUCACCGUCGCCAUCUAUCCGCAACACCAGGUAACUGGGGGUCCAACAUACCUUCUGUUCGAGAGUAAAGCGGAUAAGGACUCGUGGUUGUACCAUCUGACGGUGGUCAGCGGUGGAGGACUGAGUCAGGGAACACACUUCGAACAACUUAUACAGAAGCUUAUGGAGACCGAUGGGGAUCCUAAUUGUGUUCUAUGGAGGCAUCCAACGUUACUGUAUUCUAAAGAGAACUUGACGUCUCCACUGACUUCACUCAACUCUGAAGCGUUGCAGGCAGAAGCAUUAAAACUAUUCAAGUGCGUGCAGCUGUUCAUGUCGGUGGCGGUGGAGCAGGCGGGCAUCGACUACCACGUGGUGCUGGCGCAGAACGCGCUGGCGCAGUGCCUGGACGUGGGCGAGCUGCAGGACGAGCUGGCGUCGGUGCUGGCGCGCCAGACCACGGCCCACACCAACACCAAGCUCGGCGUACAGCAACUGCUACUGUGCGCGACUCAGUCGCUGUUCACGUGCGACACUGGCGCCGCCUCGGUGGGCUCGGACAGCAAGAGCGACGUCCCGACGCAUGCCGCCGGCUCACCUAGCUCUAUACAGGCGCCGUUGUUGUCAGUGGACUGCAAGAGCAACCCUCCAACGUAUAGCUUUGUACAAGGAUGGCAACUCCUUGCAUUGGCCGUCAGUCUAUUCGUACCACGGAAUAACAGGCUACUCUGGUAUCUAAAGCUACAUUUGAGUAGGCAUGCGGAUUCAAAAACGGAGUGCGGUAAAUACGCGGCGUACUGUGCGCGUGCGUUGGAACGUACCAUCCGUAACGGUGGACGCGAAGACAAGCCGUCCCGCAUGGAGGUGCUGUCCAUAUUACUGAAGAACCCCUACCACCACUCCUUGCCUCACGCCAUUCCUGUCCAUAUGCUCAAUAAUACUUACCAGGUAAUAAGCUUCGACGGUUCGACGACUGUAGAAGAGUUCCUGUCUACAUUAAGUACAGAACUUGGAUGCAGGGAGUCAGCGGCGUCAGGGUUCGCGCUGUUCAGCGACGACCCUAUUGAGAAGGACUUGGAACAUCAUAUUAAGCCUGAUAAGAAGCUCUGUGACGUAAUAUCAAAAUGGGAGACAGCGCUCAGAGAGAAGGGCUCCGGAAAGUUCGAGAACUCUCGAGUGAUUCGACUUACGUAUAGAAAUAGGCUCUACUUCAAGAACUCCAUACGGACAGAGACUGACAAGGAGCGGUUACUACAAUGCUACCAGGUUAAUCAACAAGUGGUAGCAGGUCGUUUCCCAGUCACUAGGGAGUUAGCUGCAGAGCUGGGCGCGUUGAUGGCGCAACUGGACAUGGGGGACUACUCCGCCGCCAACACGCUACACAACCAGCCUCUAGCACAUCGGUUCUAUCCUUAUAGGUACAGAGCCGGCCUUAGUAAUGAUGAAUUAAGGGAUGUGGAAGAGAAAUUGCGUUCAAAAUGGGUGGCGCUGAAAGGGAGGAGUAGUGCGGACUGUGUGAGGAUCUACCUCAACUGUACGAGGAAGUGGCCCUUCUUUGGUGCUACACUGUUCCAGGCUAGGAUAAAACAACCCGACCUGUCUAUGGUUUGGCUAGCAGUGUCGGAAGAUGGCGUGACGGUGCUAGAGCUAGCGUCCAUGGCCGUCAUAGGACGUUACGCACUCACCUCUAUUGGACUCUUCGGUGGAUUACAGGAUGACCUGAUGAUGCUAAUCGACGCUGAAGACGCAGCGAGUCCAGUACACAAGAUGUUGAUUAGUCUCAACAAGCCAAAAAUGGCAGAGCUAACCCAUCUCAUAGCGGACUACAAGAACGCAAUGCUCCGCGCGGGCGGGCCGGGCACGCCGCAGAUGAACUCGCUGACGCGGAACGGCAGCCACCGGUCGGUGCGCGCGGCCGCGUCCACCCUGCCGCACUCGUCGCCCUGCACGCUGGCGCACUCGUCGCCCUGCACGCUGCAGCACGCCGCGCACGGCACGCUCACGUCGCACGCCACCACGCUGUCCGACCGCAACAACACGCUGACGCUCAGCUCGCACUCGUACGAGCGCCACGGCCAGCCCGACAUCCUCAAGGCCACGCCCGACCACCACCGCGCCGACAAGAAGCGCGCGCACGCGCAGGACUCCGGCGUCGCGUGA